UUGGACUCCGAGCAGACGAUCUUCUCCCUCAGCCGUCAGCACUGAGUCCGGCCCUCUAGUCUCCAUCAUGGACAACCUGGAGGAAGACCUGACGUGCUCAGUCUGCUACUGUCUGUUCUCUGACCCGCGUGUCCUGCCGUGCUCGCACACCUUCUGUAAGAGCUGCCUGGACAACUUGCUCCAGGUGUCCACCAACUACUCCAUCUGGCGUCCGCUGCGCCUGCCGCUGAAAUGCCCCAACUGUCGCAGCGUGGUGGAGCUGCCCCCGACGGGCGUAGACGCGCUGCCCAUCAAUGUAUCUCUGCGGGCCAUCAUUGAGAAAUACCAGCUGGACAGUGAGCCGCGACCCCCCACUUGUCAGGAGCAUCACAGGCAGCCUCUGAACAUGUACUGCAUCCAGGAUCGGCAGCUGAUCUGCGGGUUGUGUCUGACUGUCGGGGAUCACCAGGGCCACACCAUAGAUGACCUGCAGGCAGCUUUCAUCCGAGAGAAAAAGACCCCAUCACUGCUGCUAGCCAGACUCUCUGAGCAGAGAUGGGCACAGGUGUGUGAGCUGGGUGAGCAGCUGGAGCAAGAGAAAGCUCGCUGUGAAGGCCUGGUGAGGCAGGACCGACAGGAAGUCAGUCAGUUUUUUCAGGCGCUGGAGGCGGGACUGGUCCGGAAGAGACAAGCUUGCUUGGAGGUUCUGGAUAAUGCUGCUGCUGAUGUGUCACGGGCCUACGACCCUCUCAUCCACAGGGUGAAGGAGCUACAGGAAGAGCAGCUGGACCUGGUGUCUUUGGGUUCGUCAGUAGAGGAGGAGGACUCGCCACUGAUCUUCCUGGAGAAGGUGCACGAGUUCAGAGAGCGGGUGGAGGAGUUCAUUACAGUACCCCUUCCCUCUGUGAUAAACCUCUCCGUCACUCCACGGGCAGCAGAGUACCUUCAGCAGCACUGGCCCGCCGUGACCAUCGGGAGCCUGGAGGAAGCACCUGUCCCCCGGGUGUACUGCUGCGCCAGAUGUGGCAGUCUGGAGGCUGAAGCUGAAAGGGAUCCGACUCACAGUAGGGUCCAGGACCUGUGGUUUGAGCUUCAGCCCACGUCGGCCGCGGUGCUGCUGGGGCUUCUGCUGCUGCUGCUGGCGGUACUGUGGGUCAACCCGGUCGGGGGGGCGUCGCUCGGUUUCUCGCUGCUCUCUCGGUUCAGUCAGCUGGUUCACGGCCUGAGCAGCGAACUCAUCACGUGUGCGUGGGAGUCGGCGGGGUCGGCGUACACGGUUAUGGAGGCGGCUGUAGAAAGAUGGAGCUCACAGCUUUCCUCAGCGGGAGAAAAAGGCUUCCAGCAGAUUACUGCAUUAUUCAAAACUCUGACAUCCCACUGAAGACCAAACUGGGACCCUUAACAUUUAUUUAGAAGCUGUAUGAAGGAAAGAAAAUCCAUCCUGAUAUCCUUUUUAAAUAUCUACUACAUUCUAUUUAGAGGUUUUUAAGUUUGAUAGAAACAUAUUCAACCAAAAAAAAUCAUGAACAUUUUCUGCAAAGACAGAAAAAAAAAUAGAAGUGGUAAUGGGAGGGUGGUUUUAUCCCUAGUUUAAUGCUCUGUCACAUCUGGACAAAACUGCACAUCCCAUGUUCUUCUAAAUGUUUUCAGUAGCCAAUUAGUCCGUUUACGUGUCGAGUUGGGUUAUUGUUGAGUGUUACAGUCCUUUAUUAUCGGGGUGUAUUAUCCCAGGUUAUAGUCACACUGCCUUGCUAUAACACUAUUAUCAUGUAAAACUCUACAUGCUAUUUAAACACUGUUUGAGACUCUACUUUCCCAUCAUGCAUUGAGACGUUUUCAGCUGCUUUCCUGCUGCGUCACCAAGCUCAGGACACCAGUACAGCUGCACGUGUAUCUCCUUACACACGACUGUUUACAGUGAAAUUUAGAGCCCGCUGAAUGGAUGCAGACACACAGUGGAGCUGACCCGAAGCCCGCACAGAUCAUGUUGCAUUGAUUCACGGCUCCGAGCGGUUCCUUUACUGUGCCUUUUUAAAAACCACUGUGCCUUUACCUCGCCCCAGACUUGAAAGCUUUAUCGUAGAGGACCGGUGAUUCCACCAGCGCCAACAUGUCUCACUCAGAGCAGAGCAAUUGUCACUAAACCACACACUGAUAUAUAUAUAGUCUGUUUCUAAAGUUCUUAUUACCUUUGGAGAAUCUCUUCUUGAGACAUCUCACAGGUGUUACAUACAUUACAUUUUGCUGAUUAUUGUGUUUGUAUCUGUCAAAUAUCAGUGUACACAAAGCUGCUUUCUGAAAUGAUCUCAUUUCAUUGUACAUUUUUUAACAAGUGCUUUGUUAUUCAGAUCUCUUUUAGUGGCUGUAUUUUUCUAAACUUUUGUCCAU